AUUCUUUAAUCCCUAUAAAAGCCCGUCCUUUCCAAACCGUUAUACCAAACACAGCUAGCUAAUUAGUCACAUAUAGACGAUAUCUUGUUCGAAUUAUUGGAAUGGCAGCACAAGGGAAAAUGGAGAUGGGUGUGGUUUUGGUGGUAAUGAUCAUUAGCAUGAUGUGUGUAGGGGCUAAGGCACAACAAUCAAGUUGCACAAGUGCGUUGGUGAACCUGUCACCGUGCCUAAACUUCAUAACGGGGAACUCCUCCACCCCUUCUUCUGGGUGCUGCACACAGCUUUCCAGUGUUGUCAGGUCACAACCACAGUGCCUGUGCCAGGUUCUUAACGGGGGAGGAUCUUCAUUGGGAGUUACAAUCAACCAAACCCAGGCCCUGGCUUUGCCUGGGGCUUGCAAUGUGCGGACCCCACCCAUCACUCAGUGCAAUGCUGCUUCACCAGUGGGAUCUCCUUCUCCUAAUUCGGAUCCAUCAGGAACCGGAUCCACAAACGUGCCAACCACAGAUAAUGGCUCCUCUAGUGCAACUUCCGUCAAGUUAUCGAUUCCUCUGAUGUUUUUUGUUCUUGCAGCAACAUAUGCUCCAACAUUCGGAACACUGAUUCUUUAGUACGUUGGCCUCCCAUUAAGAAUUAUAUAUAUAUAUAUAUAUAUAUAUAUAUAUAUAUAUAUAUUUGUUAUUCAUGAUUGUCGUUUUAUAUAUGUUAUUCAUAUUUGUGAUCUGUCUAUGGUUACAUAAAUUUGUAUUGUGGAGAGAUAUUACUCCCCCUUCACUAAUAAAUAUGGAUUGUACUUUGUUUUUUA